UGUCAAUCAAACACAUUAGCGGGAGCCGUUGUUCAAAAUGAAUAGUUAAAUCAAUGAGCUAACAAUUAGCUCAUCGAUUAAUUGUCAGAUAGAUCGGCUUUCUAUUCUGAUGUCUGCUUGAUUUGUCACACAAGACAUGGCAUGUGUACAGCAAGUACGAACGUCUCAGGACACUCAACUUUUGCCCAACCAGGUAGUGUCAGAACUACAGUCCAUUGCUGUUAUCAAGAAACUUCUGGCUAUUGCCGUGUCUGGCAUUACAUACCUGAGAGGACUUUUUCCAGAGAAAGCCUACGGGAACAAAUAUGUAGAAGAUCAGAAAGUGAUGAUCCUCAGAGAGGAGCAGAGUUGUCCUGGCGCCUGUCAGAUUGUUCGGUGGAUGCAAGGCUGCUUUGAUGCCAUCCAGAUGAAAUAUCUGCGGCUCGUCAUUAUGUCUGUCUACACAGAACCUGACAACCCACAGAAUGUGACAGAGUUUUAUCAGUUCAGGAUUCAGUACAACUCUGAUGGGGCUAGGAUGGACUUUGAGAGCAACCAAAACAAAAAGAUGUCGACAAUGUUGUGUGGCAGCACCAAGAAGGCUAGCAUCCUGUUGGUGAGGAAGCUUUACACUCUCAUGCAGAACCUCGGUCCUUUGCCGGAGACUGUCUACCUCAACAUGAAGCUGGCCUACUAUGAUGACGUGACGCCUCAGGACUAUCAGCCGCCAGGCUUCAAGGAAGCUGAUGGAGACACGCUAGUGUUUGACAAGGAGCCGGUCAAACUGACCAUGGGUGAGGUCAUCACACCUUUCCACACCAUCAAGCUUGACAUGACCACUGAGAGACACAGGCUGGAGCCGCUGCAGGAGAGCGAUGGUGGUAAAGAUAAGUGGUUUCUAAGAGUGCGGGACGAGGGUGUGGUGUCACAGAGUCAUGCGAUUGAAGAUGCGGACAUGCCCAACAACAACAUCAGCAACAACAACAAUGAGAUAGAGCUGAUGUGCCAUGAGAAGAUGGCGACUCGUGAGGUUACCAAGGUGGGUGCUGUGUUGAAGGGAACCUCUGACAUGGAGACAACGAUGAUGACCACCAGGAGCGGACGUAUUAUUAAGUCCACCACGGUUUCUGAGUAUGAUAUUCCGAACAGCCAGGAAACUCCACGGAAGAAACGCAAGUUCAGCGAGCCCAAGGAUCACCUCUGACCAUCCAGGCACUUGAGUUUUGUCAGUUUUUAAAUGUUCAUUUGUAACAGUUACGUUUAAACAUACCUUACUUUGUUUCAUUAGAAGACUUUUCCAAUGAUGUUCAGACAUCUUGUUGGACUUUUAGUUAACAAAUCUUUGUUUGCAUGAUGUUUAAAUGUCUGCAGAGAAGGGCAGUCAGCUUCAAUAAAAGACACACAAAGUGCCGAGUGGUUUCAGUGAAGCUGCUAUUAGCAUGGAAGCUUCUACUAGCAUAGAAGCUAAGCUGCUCAGGUUUGAUUAUAAAUUUCACUCUCUGCCAGUUCAAGAGAACUAAAGCCGCCCCUCAUAUGUGAACACACCCAGCAAAUGUCAGC